AUGCUUCAGCGGUUGCUUGAGAGAAGAAAACUGAAUCAACGAGAUAGAGUGCCUACGCCGCAUUAUGUAAGUCAAAUGUUAUCCCCAAUACCGGAAGAAUAUCCACUUUUUCCAUCUCCAUUCUUCAAAAACUCGACAUGGGUGUCAAUAAAUGCCAAGCCUCCAACUCGUGAACUUGCUCAGCAAAUUCAAAAAAGUCGUCAUCGUUGUAACGUUGGAAGAUGGAGUACAUGUUGCCGUUGGUGCAUCCGGACAACUAUACGACAUAAUGUUCCGAAGACUGUUGAGGUUGUGCUGUCGGACGCUACUAUGCCUGCAGACGUGCUUGAAAUAAGUACAAAGUUUAUGAGAGAUCCUGUUGGAAUUUUGGUCAAGAGCGAGAAGGGGUAA